AUGCCGCUUCCUAUUCUUGACGCAAGAGUGCUUGAGGGGGGCACUGAGAAGGAGCGCAAAGCGUUCGGCGAAACGCUGCUGGCCAAUCUCGCAGAAAACGGAGCGGUGAAGCUCGUCAACACACCAAUUCCGGAUGGUGAAAUCAGCAGCGCCUUCAAAUCGUGCAAAGAGUUCUUUCAUUUGCCGCCAGAGCUCAAAGCGCAAAUAGCCAACGAUCCGGCGCAGGCGCAACAACGUGGCUGGAGUGUAGCUGGUGAAGAGAAGACUUGGUUUCUGGAGAGCAUCAAGAACGGCGGGCCAGCGCCCAAGUUCGGCGACUCGCGAGAGAGCAUCGACAUCGGCUCAAUUCGGGACAAGCAAUUCCCGAACAAAUGGCUGCCUCAGACCGUGCUACCUGAGCACCAAAGCAUCAUGGAGUCUCUGUUCGAGAAGUGCUCCAGUCUGAGCGACCGCCUGCUUGAGAUGCUGGCCGUGACGGCGGGCCUUCCGGCCAACGCAUUCACUGAGCGUUGCACGCACGAGGCCAGCACGCUGCGCAGCAACAACUAUGCCGCGCUGGAUGUGCGUCUCCUGGACGCUGGAGAAAUUGGGCGAGCAUGGCCGCACAAGGACUUUGGUAUCAUCAGCUUGGUAUUUCCUGGUGUUGUUGGUGGCCUCGAGUACGAAGUGCGCGAGGCCGAAGCCGGCAUUUUCGAGCCCGUCGGAUUUACCUCUGAGAGUGAUAUCGUCUUGCUGGUGUCAGAGACGAUGCAGCGCUGGACGAACGACCAUCUGCGCGCCUGCUUGCAUCGUGUCCAAAAGCCGAGCCCUCGAGAGGUUGAAGGAGACAUUGCUCCUGAGCGAACAUCGAUGGUCUUCUUUUGCAAGGCAGACCGAUCCGCCCAAGUGGGGCCCAUGCAGCAUUUCGUUGCUGACAAGGAACCCCUGUACGAGAACAUGACGGCGUUGGAAUACCAAGAUCGACGGAACAAGGCGCACUAUCCGGCUGAAACAAUGGGUUACAUUGACAGUCUCGCGAUUACGUACGGAAAUGCCCCGUCUCUACUGGUGGGCUCUCUGCUUCUCUUCGUCUUUAUCACCCGCAUUGUUCGCGACCCGCUUCGGCACGUCCCGGGUCCGUUGAUCUGCCGCUUCACGUCUUUGUGGCUGCACUACCAUGCCUGGGCCGGCACCCAGUGCUCGGCAAUUCAAAAGCUCCAUGAGGAGCUCGGCCCCAUCGUGCGCAUUGGUCCCAAUGAUGUUCACAUAUCAGACGGCGAGGCCCUUUGGCCCAUUUAUAUGGAGAAAGGCGGCUUCAUUAAGAGCGACUAUUACAGCACCUUCGACAUAGAUGGACAUGCCACCAUCUUCACCACCCUGUCGUUGGAGAAGCGCUCCAGCAGACUCAAGUCUAUUCAACCCAUGUUUUCCGCCACAUCCUGCAUGGCCGCCAAGGGUAUUAUCGAGAGAUGUGCCACCAGAAUGGUCGAACGCAUGGCUGAGGGAAUGCAAACCCACAAGCCGGUCGAUAUUCUGAACCUCGCACGAUCUUACGCCAUCGACGCCGUGUCCAGCUACAUUCUUCGCGCCCCUUACAACGGCCUGGAGGAGCAAGGGGAAAUGUCAGCCUCGCCAUUCGUGGAUUACUUUGUCAGCAUGAGCCGCUUCUUUCAUCUGUCCCAAUCGAAAAUGCAUCUCAUUGAGCGGGUUAUGGAUGUCAUCGCACCAGACGCCAAAACAACCAAGUCAACAGAAAUCGUUGACAGCUACCUCAAGCGGACCAUUGAGGAGAAAGUCACCCUACUUGAAGACAACAAGGGCGACGACAGCUACCCAUCGAGGCUCCUCGCUCUCGGAGUCCCCAAGGAGAAAGUCAUCGCUGAGUGUAAAGACGCUGUGUUCGCAGGCACCGAUUCGACUGGCAACAACCUGGCGACUAUCAUCUGGUACCUGGUCGCACAACCAGACAAAUACGCGCAACUCGCCGCCGAACUCCAUGCCAACGCCAUCUCACCUUCUCCAAAAGACAUUCAGUCACUCCCAUACCUAACCGGAGUCAUCAAAGAAGCGCUCCGGCUGAGCAUGGCCAUCUCGACACGGCUGCCGCGCGUGGUUCCCGCCGGCGGCUUCCAGCACGGGAACACGUACCUGCCCGAAGCCACGGUCGUCGGCCUGUCCGCCUACCAGCUCCACCUCAACCCAGCCGUCUACCCCAACCCUCACGCCUUCCUGCCUGAGCGCUGGGUCAACAGCAGCGAUGACCGCAUGCACCGUGAUUUCAUGCCUUUCGGGAAAGGCGCGAGAGCCUGCAUUGCCAGGAACUUGGCGAUGCUGGAGUUGUACGUGGCGACGGCCGCAGUGGUGCAGUCGAAGGUCCUGGAGUGUGAUGGUGGAGUGAAGACGGUGGCGGAGAGCAUUGAGUCCUUGGAAUGGUUUAAUGCGAGGGUGAAGGGGGGUGUUAUUGAGAUUGUCUGGCCGGCGGCGUAA